GCGGCCAAGAUGGCGGCUGCGGCCGGCGGGGUGCGGGGGCGGCGCAGCGGGCACCGGCGGCUCUGACCGGGACAGCCCCGCACGGAGCGGCGGCAGCGCUCGCGGAGGCCUUCGCGGGUGCAGCGCCGGUCUAGACGGGGAGGAGGCAGGGGCCCCCCUCGGGGGGGGGGCGGGACAAGUGGUGGCGCGGAGGGCGAAGGCGCUGCCGGCAGAGCCCCGGUCGUGAGGGGCCGGCGCGCGGAGCGUGAGGGGCGGCGGGGCUGAGGAAGGGCAGCGGGGCGGCGCGGCGCGGGCCGGCGGAGGCCGAGGCGAGCCGGCCGGCGGGCAGGGCAAGGCUGGCUCCCUGCGGAGGGCUCUCGCAGGUCAGGAGGCGGCUGCGCCGGUGGCUCCCCGCGUUCCUGGCUGUCGGCUGCUGGGCGCCACACGCCAUGUUCUCGGUGCUGUCCUAUGGCAGGCUGGUGGCCCGGGCAGUCCUGGGCGGCCUCUCGCAGACCGACUCCCGUGACUACAGCUUGGUGACAGCCAGCUGUGGCUUUGGCAAGGAUUUCCGCAAGGGCAUCCUCAAGAAGGGCAUGUGCUACGGAGAUGACGCCUGCUUCGUGGCUCGGCACCGGUCGGCAGAUGUGCUGGGGGUAGCAGAUGGUGUAGGUGGCUGGAGAGACUAUGGGGUCGACCCUUCUCAGUUCUCAGGGACUCUAAUGCGAACAUGUGAACGUUUAGUAAAGGAAGGACGGUUUGUACCAAGUAAUCCUGUUGGGAUCCUCACUGCAGGUUAUUGUGAGCUGCUGCAGAACAAAGUUCCUUUGCUUGGGAGCAGUACAGCCUGUAUAGUGGUUCUGGACAGAACAAGUCACCGUUUACACACAGCCAACUUGGGAGAUUCUGGAUUCCUGGUAGUCAGAGGAGGAGAAGUAGUACAUCGGUCUGACGAGCAGCAGCAUUACUUCAACACUCCCUUCCAACUGUCCAUAGCUCCACCAGAAGCAGAAGGAGUUGUCUUAAGUGACAGCCCUGAUGCUGCUGAUAGUACUUCCUUUGAUGUCCAACUUGGAGACAUUAUUUUGACUGCAACAGAUGGGCUCUUUGACAACAUGCCUGACUACAUGAUCCUGCAGGAGUUGAAAAAGCUGAAGAACUCCAACUACGAGAGCAUACAGCAGACUGCCCGGAGCAUCGCGGAGCAAGCUCACGAGCUGGCCUAUGACCCCACCUACAUGUCACCCUUUGCACAGUUUGCAUGUGACAACGGGCUGAACGUGAGAGGGGGCAAACCAGAUGACAUCACCGUCCUGCUUUCGAUUGUAGCCGAGUACACAGACUGAGCUGCCGGGGCUCAGAUCCCACGGUCUCCUCCUCCCCGGCCACUUUCCUGCUGGCGGGAUCCCUCCCUUCCUCCGCAGCCCGUGUCGGCGGCCGGCUCUCGAGCUCAUUGCCUGGCUUGAGACCCAACUGAAGCCCUCCUUAGUGCACUGGUCCUCAUGUGCCAGCGAGAUGCAGAGGAGCUCAAGGCUUGCAGCAUGUCUUUCAGAGCUUCGUCGUCGUCGUCCUUCGAAGGGGGAGGGUCGGUCCCGCGCCGUCACCGCGUUUGAAACGUGACUUUGGAAGGAGCAGCGUUGGUUUAAUCGCCUUCCACACUAGAUUCCGUAGGUAAAACCUGUCUGAGAGGGUGCAGUGCUCUAUUCACUAGUACUGCUGCUCAUCACAGGGCGUGAGCAUAGUCCUGUGCCAGUGGUAGCUGAGGUUUCGUGUGCCUGGGCUCUGGUUGCCGGGAGGUUCCUCCCUGCCGUGCACAUCCCGCUCUCGCCACGCGCCGUGUCGCCCCUGAGCCCCUCCAGGACGGGAUUUCAACACCCUCCCUCCUUCAACUUAUAUUGGAUGCAAAUGUGUUUUGUGAUUUCAGGUGCUUAACUGUGAUCUUGAGAGUUCAGCAGAUCAUCCAUCCCCAGCGGGCCGGUAGCUGGGUGUUUUGCCUGUGGAUAAUGAUGAUUAUUUUGUUCUAAAACAAAACAAAACCCCACUGAGAUGGGAACUUUCAGAGAGCAGAGCUGGCCCCAGCCGAGCUCCUGGCACCCCUUUAACCCUCUCACCAGCGCAGGGUGAGAACGCUACAGCAGGGGUGCGGGAAGGGAGGUUACACAAAGAGCAGAUCAACACCCAAAGCAGCAGAAUUAGUGUUAGGAAUGGCCAUUGUGGCUUGCCCACAGCAUCCUCCCCUUGCUCACACAAGCACCUCGUGGAAACUACGAACGAAUGAUCAGCCAAACCCUGUCCAUUUCAGCACCUGGAGCGCAGGGGCGUGCGAAGGAACCUGCCCCAUGUUUACAGCUCCCCGACAGCCACUUUGCAAUACGACAUUUCCCUGCCCGUGGCAGCAGCCGCCGCCUGUGCCCCCGCUGCAGCUUUCCCUUUGCCUCGGGAGGUUCGUGCCCAGAGCUCACAGCUGUAAAGAUACAGAUAGAUCUAUAUAUAUAUAUUUUUGGUCAGUUUUUCAUUAACUUUUUUGCUGGUAGAAAAGGACGUAGAAAUAAAUUAAAGCCAUGUUUUUAUAUAUAAAAAGUCGGGUAAUGUUGCUGUUUAGGUGAGUGCAGUUAAACUUGGUCAGUAAGGAAUCUUUCCUGCUCUCAAAGGAGAUUUUUACUACCUGGUUUAUUGUAUUAAAACUGUUUGAGUUUGAGGUUACCUCAACCUGUUUAAAAGACAUUUUCUGUGGACUCGUACUGUAUAUUUACAUAACUUUGUGGAGCUUUUAUUUAAGGUCAUUUAACAUGUACCAUGUACAUGUCACUGAUGGUGUUUCGAUGCAUCAUGCUUGUAACAGGCAUUUCAUUUAUAAUACGUGAUUCAUUUGGAAGCUCUUCGGUGAUUUCUCUGCUGUUCCUCGAUCGGCGUCGUGUUCGCUCUCGACUUCAAAUCACCUUGUAAUUACCUGUCAAAAUGCCUUAACUUACCCUAACUUGACCAAAAUACUAUUUUGGUGAGGGUAUGGGGAGGGUUACAUGAAGGGAGAAGCAUCAGUGAGUCCUGAGUGGGUGACUGUGCACGAGUGGUCGUCGUUUCAGGCUGAACCAGCCGCGUCUGCUCUCUGUCAGAGGAAUGUAUCCGCGCCACGGCGCCUGGGGGGGGACGUUUCCCUCUCAAAUCUUGGGUGUCUUGACAUUUUCUUCUCCAGUAUUUACACUCAAUGCUUCUUGAUUAGAGCAGGUUUGAUCAAUUCUUCUUUCCCUUGAACUUUAACUUACCUUCAGGCCAGCCCUCGUUAUCCCCCCCUGCCCCCAGCCCUCGUUAUCCCCCCGGCACUGACGUGGCCCCAGACCACAUCAGGCUGAUUAUGAUCCUCUUCCCUAGUAAAGAACAAAUUUGGAUUUAGAUUCCCAACUCUGAGUUUAUCCCUCACCAGACACACCAAAGACCAGUGAAGCUUAUAGCUUUUCCAUCUGUUUAUAAAGCAAUACUGUAUUAUAAAGAGUUGAUAUUUUUAUCACACUGCUUGAUUGUUUUUGGUUUGUUGGGUUUGAUUUGUUGGGUUUUUUUUUAAGAUGUGCACUCUGAACAUAUCAAACCUAAUUUCUUCCUGUGAACUGAAGCUGUCUGCGCACAACUGAGCUGGGGGAAAGGAAAGGACAGGGCCGGGCUCUCCAAACCGUGUUCGAUGAGGCACGAAGCAGGCAGGUUAUUGCAGCUGUUCCCGAGAGGAAGGUGCUGGAGAGGUGUCCCCUGAGGUGGAGGGGAGUGAGGGAGGAGCCCAGGCUGCCUCUGGGUUGGGAGCUGAAGGGAGAGGAAGGGACGUAGGGGCAGGGGCUGGGUUCCUGCGGCAGCGCUGAGGGGUGUUUGGGUACAGGGGGCCGGGAGGUGGCAGAGCCCUGUGGUUCCUCGCUACUCGGGCGGCUGUCUUUGGGGAACCUGCCCCAUGCAGCUUCCCUUUGUGUUCAGGAGGGAGGUUUGGCUGAAAAAGCACCCCAAAACCAAACCCUGCUGUUGGGACCAGGCAGUUGUGAGUGAAGGAGAAGGGAGAGGUGAGGGUCUGGCAGAGGUGGGGAAGGAUUUGGCGAGGGAAUCUCCUUCUCUUGGUCAGGGAGAUGGUUUCUCUGGGGAGAAAGCCAGCCCAUGUGUGGAGGAAGUGUCUGUGUGAUGUGAGUCCUUACAAAGGCAAACACACUGGUCAGAGUCUGUCCCUAACGAGGAGGCUGUGUUGUUGUUGUUGUUGUUCAAGUGAGACUAUCAUCUAUGCUUACCCGAGAGGCACCUACGUGAGUUUCAUGUCUGAGGUAUAACUUAUGCAGGAAUAGUUCUGUACAUAAAGGAGUUGUACAAAUAUUUAAUAAAUAUAGUAUUUAUACUAAAA